AUGGCGUCCAAGGCCUCGAAUGCCGGUCUGGAGGCGAAGACGCCCAAAAGUCGCUCCAAGAGCCGCUCGAAGAGUCGCUCCCCCGGUCCCAAGGGCGGAUCCAGGCAGGCCAGAGUCCAGGAUUACCGCUCAGAGGGCGUCAAGGACUACGAUGUCCUCAACCUGCCGGUGUCAGACUACAAGAUAAUGCUCGUCAUCACCGCAAUUGCAACGGUUGUGCGUCUGUUCAGGAUCUAUCAGCCUACCAGCGUCGUCUUCGAUGAGGUCCACUUCGGAGGCUUUGCUACCAAGUAUAUCAAAGGGAAAUUCUUCAUGGACGUUCACCCGCCGCUGGCAAAGCUGCUCAUCACCCUCGCCGGUCACCUCGCCGGGUUCAAGGGAGACUUUGACUUCAAGGAGAUUGGCAAGGAUUAUCUAGAACCUGGUGUUCCCUAUGUUGCCAUGCGCAUGCUUCCCGCCAUCAUGGGUGUAAUGACGGUCCCUACCAUGUUCCUCACCCUCAAGGCAACCGGCUGUCGGACGUCUACCGCCUCCUUCGGUGCUCUCCUGGUCACCUUUGAAAACGCACUCGUCACUCAGUCUCGUUUCAUCCUGCUGGACUCGCCUCUGAUCAUCUUCACUGCAUUGACCGUCCUGUCCUUCACCUCGUUCUCGAACCAGCAUGAGCAGGGCCCACCCAAGGCCUUUGGGCCCUCCUGGUGGUUCUGGCUGGUGACCUCGGGUCUUUUCUUGGGAGCAACCGCCAGCGUGAAAUGGGUUGGCCUCUUCACCAUUGCGUGGGUUGGUUCCUUGACUCUUGUCCAACUCUGGGUUCUUCUGGGUGACCCAAAGACCGUUACUCCGGGCAUGAACGAUGUACCGGCGGACGUCGCCUUUGGCUCGCGCGUAUCCAUCAGACACCACAACACACAGGGUGGUUACCUGCACUCCCACAACCACAUGUACCCCACCGGAAGCAAGCAGCAACAAAUCACCCUUUACCCCCACAAGGAUGACAACAACGUCUUCAUAUUAGAGAAUCAGACUCAGCCCCUUGGACCAUAUGGCCAGGUUGCUGGUCCAAGGGCCUGGGAUAACAUUACCACUGAUUACGUUGUGGACGGCAGCACCAUCAAGCUCUACCAUAUGGCCACUGACAGACGCCUUCACUCCCAUGACGUUCGUCCCCCGGUUACCGAAGCUGACUGGCAGUUCGAAGUUUCUGCGUACGGCUAUGAAGGAUUCGACGGUGACGCCAACGAUCUCUUCCGUGUGGAGAUUGUCCCCUCUAUGUCUCGCGGAGAAGAGGCAAAGAAGAGACUGAGGACUAUCGAAACGAAAUUCAGGCUCAUUCAUGUGAUGACUGGCUGUGUUUUGUUCUCUCACAAAGUUAAGCUACCGUCAUGGGGUUUCGAGCAACAGGAGGUUACCUGCGCCAAAGGCGGUUCGCUACCCAAUAGCAUCUGGUAUAUUGAACAAAACACCCACCCAGCUCUCCCCGACGAUGUCGAGAAGGUGAACUACAAGCUUCCCGGCUUCUUCGCCAAGUUCUGGGAGCUCCACAAGGUUAUGUGGAGGACGAACGCUGGUCUCGUUGAUUCUCACGCCUGGGACUCUCGCCCACCAUCCUGGCCUAUCCUGUCUCGUGGUAUCAACUUCUGGGGAAGACAGCAUCGUCACAUCUACCUUAUCGGCAACCCAAUCAUCUGGUGGACUUCCACUGCCGCAGUUGUAGUCUGGGUGCCAUCCGCCUUUGGCAAGCUGUUUAUCGUUGCGUUCUUGACUCUCAGCCUUGCUGCCUUUGCCCUUCUUUCGCCAUUGGCCUAUGGCAACAUCUGGACUAGAGACAUGUGCCAGAAGACCAAAUUGAUCUCUACCUGGGACUUUGAUUGCAACCUUUUCCAUACUGACCUAUCCCAAUAUUCUACCCCUGAAUACAUCACCCCAGACGCCGCCCAAACAUCCGUAGCUACACCACCCUCUCAAAUACAGCAGAAGGAACAUCAACCUUCACAGCAACCUUCACAGCAGGUAGACCAGGCCCCUGACCAACAGAAAGCAGUUGACAAUCACCUGCCGCAACUGGGUGAGGAGAUCCGUAGAGUCCGCGAAGUUGAGUACCGCGAUAAGGCGGGGAACAUCCUAAACGAGGAACAGGUUAAGCUUCUCGAAUCCCAGGGAGAAAUCUCCUUCGAGACCCGCUACGAGACCCGAACUAGACUGGUUGACAGCGAGGGACGAGAAAUCCCCAAGGAAGCUCUUGUCGCCCCCGAACAUCCUGAUGUCCAGGGCUCCAACCCGGAGACCGUCGCUAAGGAUGCAGCAGAAGCACCAGCGGACAAGCCUGCUGUUGUUGAAGACGAGGGAAAAUCAGUAUUGAGGGAAGAGGGAAAGCCAAAGCCCGCUAGCGAGGCUAAUGCUGCUACAAACUAA